UUUCUCAGAUGCCAACGCAUCGACUCACCGAAAUCUGGUAAGCCCCGAAACCCAAAAGUGCCUUUCUGGUCGCUCUCAAAGGAGUGUUUUUCCGUCGCGAACCCCGAGCUGCGAUUCUUUCCCAUUCCCUUGAGCUACGGCGAGAGAAACGGUUCCGUGGCGCGCGUAACGCUGCUGUCUCUUCGCAUGUUUCUCGCGCUUUUCUCCCAGAGUUAGGAGACCACCGAUUCGGCGGUUUUUCGGAGAACCGGUUGUCGCUGUCACAGACUUGCUUUGCGACGACAGUGCUCCACUUUCUGUUGUUCAGUUUGAGAAUUGGGAUUCCCCCCGUCCCCGCACAAGUAUCCCCGCACCCACGAACUGGCAGAUGCUACUGGGUUGUCGGCCCGGAAAAUUCCUGCCUGGAUUUUUUUUCACUCUGGGGAUUCAGACGCUACGAGAGAAUACAGCAGGAUAGCGCUGGGAUACAGGCGAUGCGAACUUGACCGAAGCGGACUUUCUUGAGGCUCCGUGGCUCCGAGAGCAGAACGACAUUCCAAGGAAACUUUCGCGCGACUCUUAGUGGUCGUCCCCCAGGCGUUCCAGUCUUCGAGGUCUUCUGGACCUUUCCCCGAGCAGGUCGUGUCCCAAAGCGCGUGCGGCCGCGUUUCUAAAAAACACCUUUCUCGAACUUCCCUUUCCACUUACUCGAGAAAAUGUGGUCCAUCUUUGCUCCGGAGGCUCUGACCUCGACGUCGGAACCGGCGACGAAACCGGCCGGUGGUGCCACGCGGAUGUCGCCCGACAGCAGCAGCGGCAGCGUCGAUUCUGCCGUCAAGCCUGGAGAACCGGCGAGCGGCGAGUCGGCGCCCACGGGGCAUGUGAAGAAGGCGAACGGCGUGGGAUCCAGAGGCACUUCUGUGGCGUCAGGAACCUCUGGAAACGCACAAGGCGCCGCUGCUUCCAAGCAGAAACCGCGGCGGAACCAGCCGCAGUCGCGAGAGGAGGACGCUGACGCUGGCAGAGACGAAGAAGAAGAUGACUGGGUCGAGGCGCAGAGCAAGCGACUGGGAAAGAGUCAAAAGACUGCUAAGAGGCAAGGACAGAAGCAGAAAGACGCAGUCGACGAGGCUCAGCGAAUCCUCUCGGCUAUUUGGGCUCUGACGCUGGCGCAUCCUUCCGCUGUACCUACAGCUGAACUGACUGCGCUUUUCCCUCCCAGUUCUCCACUUCUUGUGGUUGGAGACAAAGAGUCUAAGGAGUUAGCGUCGAAGAAGAACAACACACGAGCGUCGGCGCAGGAGGCUCGCGAUGCCCGAGCGCCUCAGCCGGGGUGUAGCCCCGAGGUCUCUUCCAGCCCCUCCGCCGCACACGAAGUUUCUCAUGGGGGAAGCGCGAAUGCAUGCAACAGCCGCCGCGGCAACGGCACUCAGCGAAAGCUGGGAGGCUCUGGGAGGGGCGGAGGCAGCUCGGGAUCUGUUCGAAUCGCUUAUGUGCAAAAAGGCCAAGACGCCAAUGCGCCAGAGAGCGCUGCUGAGACUGCACCCCCUCGGGACGUUGGCAGUCGGUCCGACGAGUUUGACCGAUCGAAGGGCGCUUCCAGAGGGAACACCAAGCCCAACAAGGUCCCGGUUGCUGGCCGAGAUGCAGGUGUUGGCAAGGUGUCCUCUCAGCAUGGGAAGCAGCAGAACAACAAGCGGGGACCUGGGUCGAAACAAGGGCAAUACGACACGGUCAUUCGCAACGACAAGCGAGGCGAGGCUCGUCUGCGGCAACAGCCUCCACCCCAGCAGGUUUCUGCCAAUGGCGAAGAUGAAGAUAUGAUUGGAGACAUGGUUCGAAGGAAGCUGCGAGAGGCAAUGACUGUUGAGGAGUUGCAGGCUGCUGUUCACGAGGCUCGCAAGGCUGGCCUGGUUUUCGAGGCACAGCUGGGGGAGAAGAAGUUGAUGAAGAUGACUGGAGGCGGCUUCCAUGGCUGUGGUUUCUAGUCGAGCGACUCGCGCGCUCUGCAGUUAGCAGCCGUUGGGAAUUGGUGAAAUCUGCAGGUACAGCUGUUGCAGAAUCGAGAGUCUGUUGAGAACGAGAAUCCAGUUCCAUGGACGGUUCGGUGCUCCCUCGUGGGAGCUACCGUGAAGGAAGGCACUGCUUCGUAAAUCCUUUCACGAGACAUUAAGCUGCGUCGCUAUGCUGGCGCAGACGUGGCCGCCUCUUCUUUUCUGGUGUGUUCUCUGAAAUCCGCGCGAGUCUUCUGCGUACAGCCGUUUUCCGUCAGUCGCUUGAUGAUGGGUGUGGCGACAUCGUCUCUCUGCUCCACGGCCCGCGCUCGGAGCUGCCACAUGCUUCUAGACUGUGGAUGUAUACACAUGUAUAUGUGCGCAUAUGUGUGCAGAGGGCUUGUGUUAAUGUGGCUUCAACAAAGAAGGCGUACGGAAAUUUGGCUGCUUCGUGAAAUAGUGGAACGCUCUAGUGUCUUUUUAGCGAAGAGGCGUAUCACAUGAAGAGGGGUAUCACAGCGAAAUAUAAUUCAGUGGUCCGAUAGUAACAUACGUCGAAAAUGUUCUGUCGCAAGCCAUCAAGGAAGUCAAACGUUUGACCGCCAGUGAUCCUGCUCAAUUUUGCCUGCAAAUGUGUCUUUCUCUUUUCACGCGGUUGCGCGAGAACUUUUGCUGGACCGCCACUGCCUAGUGCACCUUCAGUUGCUUGCUAAGGUGAGAGCUUCGUUAGAUCAUUUGGAGUAAUGCGAAAAACACCGUUCCAUAUCGGACCAGGUCGACGGGGACUCACGAACAGUGGGCUGCGCACCGGAUG